GUGUGUUCUACAUUUUUGUGGGACCAUAUCAGAAAUAAGUAUUGUUUUAAAUUGUGUUAUCCCUGUCACAUUUUUUUAAAGAUGCAUGCAUCAAGAAGGUGCUUUAUUUUUCCUGGCAAAUAAAAUCAAACAUUUAAAGAAAUGAGAAGAAAACAUAGCAUUAUUCAUUUCUAAGCUAGCCAUUUCAGACAAAGGCUGCCAUUUCCCUGACGUGUUGGGUCUUUACAUUGACAUAACCAUACAUAAUGGAUGUAUGUGGGUCCAGACUGAGAUUGAGCUGUGAUAUGUGAUCUGGGUCCAGACUGACUGGAGAGGAGAAUAUGUCUACAGGCUGUGGGUGUGUGAGGUCGCCCCCAGAGACAACGGAACACAGGCUGCUGGGACGACAGGAGCACCACUAUCAGAUGAUGGAGUCUGGGGGCACCCUGCUGGAGCCAGGGACAGGAAUGACCAGAGAUGUGAAAGGGAAACACUGUCCUGAGGCUGUGUAUGCAGAGCAGCAGCCUAAUGAACAGGAACUGAAGAAACCACGCAGGAAGGAUACACCCGUUCUCAACACUCCCCCACUCAUACCAGGUGUGAGGCUGACGAAAGGAGAGAAGAGAAUGAUACACAGGGAAGACGAAGAGAAGGAUGGAAAAAACUAGAAAAUCCAUUGGAUGAUCCUGCGUAACAGUUUUCUGUGGGGAU